AUGGAAAAUUUUUCCAGCAACUGCGGUACUAAUGUAACUGUUAAUUUAUCAUCAAGAACUUGUUCGGCUGUACAGGUCACUAGUGGUCAGCCCGAACUGAUCAGCUACUUCCAGUCUUUGAUUAUAGUCACAGUCAACAGAGUCGCUAUAAACACAGUCCUUGGGAUGACUGGAGUCGCGUCCAACGUCAUCAAUAUGUGUGUUUUUCUAAAACAAGGUCUUCACGUGUCCAUGAAUGUCAAUUUCUUUGUUCUGGCAACUGUCGACCUACUCCGGACCAUCAACUACCUCUGGAUGACUGUGUGUUCAAAUCCUGAAAUAGAGACGCUAGACGCCCCAUUCAUUUUCCAGGACAUUCAAUAUUUGACCAACGGCUGGAUCAGUGGAAGCCUUGAAAGAGUGACCAUUUUCAUCAUAGCCUUUAUGACAGUUCAAAGAUGUUUUUCUAUCUUAAAGCCCCUAAGUAUCAAAAGAAUGAUCACACCUGUAAGAUCCGUCAUCGUUUUGUUGGUCAUCUUUCUGAUAAAUGGUGUUGUCGUGAUACCUGGAUGUAUCUCUAUCUACUUUGACUAUAGAUUCUACCCAAGCAAAAAUCGAACAUUACUGGGAUUGGCUUUUUUGAGCAGCAGUGCUGAAAACGAAGGUAUAGCCUUUGCGAUGCACGCGGUUCUCUACGUCGUAUCACUGUCUGUACUAAUCAUCUUCACAUUGCUGCUGGUACUUCAGAUGGAGCAGCAGACGAAGUGGAGACGAGUCACCCUCAUGAAGAACCAGCAACAAGCUCUUUCCAAGCGAAACAAAAAGACAUCCAAGCUUGUCUCCCUCUUAGCCAUCUUUCUGAUCGUACUGUGCACGCCUACCGUCAUUGUCUCCAUCGCCUCGACGUUUGUGCCAGAUUUUUCCGUCUCUGGAAAGCAAGUCAAUUUAUUUUUCGCCGUCUGGUCGUUUGCGUACGUCUUUGGUGCGCUCAACGCCAAUGUGAACAUUUUUAUUUAUUACAAUAUGAGCUCCAAAUACAGGCAGGUAUUCCAAGAGAUGUUUUCUUUGUGCUGCGAUCAAUCCAAUACACAGUCCUAA